AUGCCGCUCGACACAUCCACCUACUCGCUCGCGCUCCUCCGCCUAGACGGCCGUAGAUGGAACGAGCUCCGCAACAUACAUGCCCAAAUAAGUACCCAGGCCGCCGCUGAUGGGUCUUCGUACCUCGAGAUGGGCAAUACAAAAGUUCUCUGCACCGUCACCGGACCAGCAGAGGGUCGUCAAUCGGGGCAGCGGGGAGGGAAAGACAACGAGGCGAAGGUAGAGGUGGAGAUUGGCUUUGCAGGCUUCAGUGGCCUGGAGAGGCGCAAGAGGAAGAACGACAAACGCACGUCGGAGAUGCAGCAUACACUGGAAACCGCCUAUUCAUCACUACUGCUUACACACCUCUACCCGCACUCGACGAUAACUCUAAACAUCCACAUCCUCUCACAAGAUGGCUCACUCCUCGCUGCUUGUAUAAAUGCGGCGACACUUGCCCUCAUCGACGCCGGUAUCCCCAUGACAGAUUAUCUCGUUGCAUGCACAGCGGCCUCCUCAGCAACAUCCGCCGAGUCCGACAACUCCGACCCUCUGCUCGAUCUUAAUAAUUUGGAAGAACAAGAGCUAUCUUUCUUGACAGUUGGCACAUUAGGCAGGAGCGACCGGGUAUCGGUGUUGAUCAUGGAGACUAGGGUGAGGAUGGAGCGCGUAGAAGGUAUGCUCGCUGUGGGAAUUGAUGGGUGCAAGAGGAUGAGGGAAAUAUUAGACAGAGUGGUCAAGGAGUACGGCCAAAGGUUCUCAUGA